UGACGCAGCCUCAACCACUCCUUCAGCUGAGGAGCCUGUGGUUCCUCAGGGUUGACGGAGACAGCUGGUCCUGCCCUGCUGCAGAAGGAGCUGACAGGGGGGACGACGCACCGCCUCCGGCCGCAGCCACGGACACGGGCCGGGGAUGGCGUCGCUCGGCGUGGGGCUGCAUCUCAUCCGCAAGCGCGGAGCAGGCAGGAGCGCCGCGGUGGAGAGGAGGAACCUGCUCACGGUGUGCAGGUUUUCAGUGAAGACUCUUCUGGACCGCUCAUGUUUUGAGACAAUAGAUGACUCGUCUCCAGAGUUCGUUAACUUUGUUUCCAUCCUGGAGCACAUCCUCAGUCAUCGACUCAAAGGCCAGACAACGUGGUUUGGCUAUGAGAGUCCUCGGAGUUUCUGGGAUUACAUAAAGGCUGCCUGCAGUAAAGUCCCUCAUAAUUGCAUCCGGAGCAUCGAGAGCAUGGAGAAUGUGCGAUCUUCGAGGGCUAAAGGCAGGGCGUGGAUCAGAGUGGUGCUGAUGGAGAAACGAUUGUCAGAAUACACCUCAUCAGCACUGAGGGACUUCAAAACGACCAGGAGGUUUUAUGAGGACGGAGCGAUCAUGCUGGGAGAGGAGGCAGGGCUGUUAGCAGACACGCUCAUCGGACUCAACACCAUUGACUUCAGCUUCUGUCUGAAAGGAGAGGGUGUGGACGGCAGCUGCCCCGCAGUAAUCGACUACACGCCUUACCUGAAGUUCCCUCAGAGUGCGGACAGCAUCAGCAGUGACGAGGAGGAGAUGAGAACUCUAGGGAGCAGCGGUAGUGAAAGCAGCACCCCCGACAAAAUGGCCACUGCCGCCUCCAUCUUCACCGAGCAGAGCAACUUGGUCAGCAAGUGCAAACGAUUUGAGCAGAAGUAUCGCAUGGCACUGGAGCAGAAGGGUUACCUGGAAGAGCUGGUCCGUCUCCGAGAAGCCCAGCUGUCAGAAGCUGUGUCUCAUAACAAAGCUCUUCAGCAGAGCCUAGCAGACAUGCAUGUCUCCCACACACUGGAGAAAGAACAGCUCGAGUACAUCGUAUUGGAACUACAGGACCAACUGACAGUGAUGAAGAACAACGAUUUGCGGUCCAGACAAGAGUUGACAGCCCAUCUGACCAAUCAGUGGCCAUCUCCUGUCGCCCUGGAUGCCAACGCCGUUGCCUUGGACACGCUGCUGUACAGGAAGAACAAGGGACAGUGGGAGGAGUAUGCAGAUCAGUUGACAGCUUCCAGGAAGAGUUUCCAGAGUCUGGAGCAGCUGUCCGCAGACAUGAGCCUUUCUCAGACAUCUCUCGAGCCAUCACACACACACAGUCUGGAGGCCAGGUCGGCCAGCACACACUGGCCCCACCAAGGUAAAGAGGAAACUCCAUCCCUCAGAGGUCUGUGUGGCUCCCUGACCUCAGUUGCCAGCUACAAGUCUCUGGCCAGCCUGAAGUCCAGCGAGUGUUUGGCCAGUCCUGCAACAGAGAUCAGCAGCCCAGGCGUCACACCUUCAUAGGGAAUGGAGAGCUAAACGGAUCUCCACCAGGGCCAGACAAUCCAGGAAGUUUCUAAAUGUAGGUGAUUGAUAUGCUUGUUUGUAGAAGUUUAUGUUCUGUAUGUGGAGCCCAGAGCUGUAACAGAUUGAUGCCAGGUUUGCAAGUUGUGAAUAGGGUUAAAACUCAAGACCAGCUCCAUCAGACUGAAAGUCUCAUUAAUCUACCAUUCAGCUGAAACAACCUCUGACUCUUUAAAAGAGCAACUGCAGCUGUAACUUCAAUAAAUUUGUUUGUUUUGUUUGUGUUUUUUAA